UGGUGCAUCGCUUGCACCUCUGUUAGUCUGACAGCUGCUUUAAGGUUAUACUACGAUUGUAGUGGACAUAAAAUCGCAUAACUUUUUGCUAUUGCUCGGUACAUUACAUAACUAACCAGAUAUGUCUCAGGCUCCGGUUCGUGUCUCGCCGCUCAUCAAGCUGGGAAGAUGGUCCCUGCUGCUUGUAGGCAUUGCCUACGGUGCUGCCCACCAGAGCAGGCUGUCCAAGAAGGAGGAGAAGGUGCGCGAAAUUGAAGCCCAACAGAAGGUCGUUCGCGAUGCUAAAUUGGCCGAGGAGAAGAAGCGCAGUGCCGCAGCCGAGGCUAAAGCCCUGGCCGAGUUGUCCUCGCCCAGCAAAAAGUAAAAUGCUCGCUUUAGUUUGUUAAUUUCUACGACAGCUAAAUUGCAACAAAAUCAGGCAACAAAGCUACAACUACAACAGCUACAACAACAUCAAUAUUCCGCAAGGCGCAAGCGAUCAAGAAGCAGUGUUGCUUGCCCCCAAUUAUCGAAUUAUCGAUCGUGUUUGUUUAUUUAUCUAAAGUUUGUGCAACAUUUGAGCAAAUUAAAUGAUUAAAACAAAAAUUAUUGUGUAAA